AUGCUCGUCGCUCUACCUUUCGCCUAUCGCCCUCCCAUCCGCUCGUCGCUCUACAUUUCCACGCGUCGCCCUCCAAUCCGAUCGUCGCUCCCGUCACCCUCCCUUCCGCCCGUCGCCCUCCCUUCCGCCCGUCGCCCUCCCUUCCGCCCGUCGCGCGUCGCCCACCCUUCCGCUCGUCGCUCUCCCUUCCGCCCCCUUCCCUUCGUCUCGUCGCCCUUCCUCUCGCUCGUCCCCUUGCAAUCCCCGUCUUCCUCUCUCCCCGUCGCCCUCGCCAUCCCUCUCGUCUCCCUUCCUAUCGCGCGCACUUGUCACCCUUCUCUGCUUCCCCACAUCCCCUUAUCUGCUUCCUCCCAUCCCCUUCCCUGCUUCCCCCCAUCCCCUUCCCUACUUCCACCCAUCCCCUUCCCUGCUUCUCCCCAUCCCCUUCCCUGCUUCCACCCAUCCCCUUCCCUGCUUCCCCAUAUCCCCUUCCCUGCCUCCACCUAUCGGCUACAGCCAGAUGAGGCCAGCACUCCUGCUAGACUGCGUGCCUCCUACCGCAUCUACGCGCCGCGGCAUCCUGCUGGCUCUACCCAUCUCCAUUUUUUGCCACGGCCCCAUCCUGCCUUCACCUUGUGCUUGUCCACGUCUUACUCCACCGACCACUAUCCCUGUGCGCGAUCCACCAUACCUGUGCACGGAAGAGCAGGGGAGGGGCCAGGUGGGUGGGAGAGGGAGUGGAGUGGGGAAUAA